CGGAAGAAUGUUAUCUGUAUUACCGACACUGUUCUCUCGUAUUAUUUGUACAUUUUGUGCUUUGUCCUUAUGAAGACAAAUAGACGGCUUUGCCAAGUUGUUUUUCGAUAUUACUUUAACUGAUUGUUUGGCAACGUCAGUUGAACAAUAGUUCAAAUAUUACACAGAAACAAUGACGUAUUUAGUGUUCUCGCACACUGACACACAUUACACACACGCACGAGCAUACGGGAUAAUCUGAUUCUCGCUUAUCGCGAUUUUUCUGGGAACAUCGAAUAUCGUUAUAUCGCUAAAUAAACGUCGAUACCGAAGGAAACGUGAGUGCGGUCGCUUCUUGGAAUCCUUUUUGCGGGUCCUUGAUAUGGAUUUCUCGCGUAAGAAAUCAGGAAGAAGGAUGACAAUUCAAGAAUUAGCGCCAUAGUGAUAACCUAGAGCGAAAUUUUGAUAUGCUGAGACCCACAAGACGUCAUAUGUUCGAACUGUCAUCGUGAGUGUGUGAAUGCGUACAACGUUAUUUAUUGUUAUAAUUUAGCUCGGUUAUCCGCAAGCAAUUAGUGCCAGUGAGAAUGAGGAUAACGAUUUAAGGAUAAGCGGCAUAGGAUAACGAUUAUUAUUCGCCAAACUUCGAUCUUCAUACGAGCCAAAGAAACGAGCUUUACUCUUCUUUCUAACCAUGUAAAGUAACAUGAUUAGCAAUUAUUUGUAAAUUUGCAACUUUUCUUGUUAAUUCGGAGCAUCAACUUGAACACUUGGCAAAUAAAGUUGAGAACAACGUUCUUCAUAAAACUAAAAAAAUAUCUAAAGUGCAAAUUGUGAAUACUUUAUACAAGAUUAUGAAUGCACGCACGUGUUACAAUUUAACGUGAACAAUUGUACAGAAAUACUAUAUCAAUAUUUGAAAUGAUUUUAAAGAAGAUAUCAAAAGAUAUAUGUAAAAUAGUGAAUGUAUAACGAGAAGGUCUAUUGUGUGCAAGAUCAAUAUAUCAAUUAAUAUAUCUGUAAAUAAAGAACAGUUAGACACAAUGUCGAAUCUUAAGAAAAGUAUAGACUGUGAUCAGGGAGAAGACACAGUGUUUAAAAGGAAGCCAGAAGGAACAAUAAAGAAAAAGGGAAACUCUUCAGCUCGACCUAAGUGUAAACUAGAUUCACACGGUUGUCUAAAUCUUCAAGACAUUCUACUAAUGUUGGACAGUCCUAUUAGUCAAGAACGAGCAUGGGCAUUGUGUUAUCAGAUAUCUAAAGGCCUAUCAUGCUUAACAGAGAACAAAUUUUAUGAGAUAUCGGAGCUCUCACAAAUUGUGCUGCAUAAGGAUGGCAAUAUCUGUCUUGAAAAUUUGGCAGGUUCCAAGCAACCUCUCGUUCCUGAAGAAAAGGCGGUAUUCUCAUUAGGAAUGGCGAUUUUUAAGGCCUUGGACUUUGGCUCUAAUGCGGGAGAGGAAAUAGCCUUAUCACCAGAUCUAGAAGCUCUCAUUACAUUUAUGACAAAUUGUAGUCGAGCAUCCGAAGGCGAUGUAGAGGAACGUUUACAAGAGACUGACGACGAAGGUAUUGAACGGGACUCGGGUGACACUGAUGCAGAGGAUUACAUGAUGUUGAAAACUACUGAAUCGUACUCGGAUAGUUCCAUGUGUACUUUGAAAACAGUUAUUCAAAUAUGUACACGGCAUGCGCAAAGCUUGAAUGAGGAUGCUGAUAAUUAUUAUCGAAAUGUAAUACAAACAUUUGUAGAGGAAGCUGUCAAUCUCUCUCAAUUCUUGGAAAAAGUGAUUGUUGACAAGCAAUCACGCAAGCAAGAUUUGUUCAGUCCGAAUGAAGUCGAUCGCACCUCGACUUCGUUGCAAAACAUUGAUACAUUGGAUUUUAAUGAUUGGACGGACGUUAGAAUUUGGAGGGCUAUACAAGCCAGAUUUUGGGUCCAAGUUAUCGGCGAACUAAGACGAGGAGUGAAACUGAAAAAAGUUGAAGCUAAUUUAAGCUCUCGUGCGUCUUUGCGCGGACAAGGAAAUCGUCCAGACUACAAGUUGACUCCUUAUGAGGUUUUGAUGGAUGACAUCAGGGAAAGGCGAUAUCACCUCAGAAAGACGCCACCAACCCCGCCUUCAAGAAAGGAUGCGCAUGCCAUUAUUCUUGAAUUUAUUCGAAGUCGACCACCUCUAAAAAAGGCCUCCGAGAGACGAUUACGACCAUUGCAGAAGGAAUGUACUCUGAGAGAAUUGCUCAUGGAGAGCAUAAAAAAGCCUCCAAAACCUCUAAGACCCUCCGGUUCGACACAAAAUGCUCCCAAAAUUAAAAAGAUGUUGACAUACGACGCAGGCGGCGAGUCCCGCAUGAUAGUCCUCGGGGAAGUGCCACCGACGCAGCCAGAGCAGGAGCAGGAAUCCGCGCAGGAUGUUGCGGCUCAAUGGUUGCAGUCGGAGGAUCAAAAGUCGGCGACGUCAGCAGCCGGUAGCAGUGGCGUCCUAACGGCAGCGAAUCGCAGCAAACAGGAUGUGCCACCAGUACCGCAGCCGCGGCAAAGAAUGAUUAAGGAACGGCCCGACAUCAGGAUCACUUCCAACAGGAAUCGUAAGUCGCGUAGAAGGCGCAUUACGGUUGCAGAUAUAGCUCAGAAAGGGGAUGAUAUCAAAGAGUAUGAAUCAUCGACGAUACCAAAACCACCUGGAAGAAAUCUGGAUGUUACGAGACGGCCAAAGAAACUGAUACCUGUCGAUUUCGAUUUAAAGUUGGAUGCAGAAGAAGAUGAUGAUGAUUACAACGAUGAGUUUGAGGAUCAAACAAGGUUCGAAGAAGAGGACGAAGCCUCUAAUUAUUGGCACUUAAAGGAUUAUACCUUUGGAACUCGAGGCGUGCAAAACGGGCACAAGAAUCACGGGCAGAGGGACGAUGAUGAGGCAGGAUCCGCAAACCCUUGGCGAAAAACUGGUGGUCUUCGUUUAACUAGGAACGAGUAUCAUCGAUUCUGCGAUGCUCAAUUAGAAUCUUAUGAUUUGGCGACGCAAUGUCCUUCCCGAAGGGCAUCCGCAAGAAGACACGCUGCAAAAUGCCCCCUACCACUAGCAUCGCUCAUGGGGACAGCUUCUUUACCGCAAUCGAGACCGCAGAGCCGACAGCGCACCGGGCUCACGGACUCGACGUUAAGUCAAGGUCCGAGUCCCAACAUUAGUCUGAAUCCCAGCCCAAAUCUCAGUCCGCAACCGCGGGCACCGAAACCACGGCGAGCUUACACAAUCGCACACGAGACUAAGGAUGACAAAGUUCAAAGCGAAGAGUGGGAGGACGAAGAUAAGAAAUCGACGUUAGGAGAUAUGUUGUUGGAUGAAAGGCUGUCGUUAACGUUAGAUGAGAUCGUGCAUAUCCGCAGUGUGCUUACGAAAGCCGAGCUAGAAUCCCUUCCUGUGGAAGGACGCGUGAAGGAAGAUGUGGAGAAGAGACGCGUAUGUUUCCUCUGCCUGAAAACACGUUUCGGAUUGCUGGGUCCUUGGGGGCAACGUUGUCGUUUGUGUAAGAGGACCGUCUGCGUGAAAUGCUACUCAAAAAUGCGAAUACCAACGGAACAGUUUGCCCGUGUGCCAGUUGUACUAUUGUCUCCUGGAUUAUUACUCUCACCUACGGAAGCGGAAAGUGGCAGCGGCGGCGGCAGUGGCGUUGGCGGUGGCGCUACCAAGAAUUCAUGGCUAAGAAACACGGGAGCGGUUGGCUCGGCACCUGCUUCUCCCGCUUCCAGGCGAAAAGAUUCCGCAUUGCGUAGUGGUACACCCACUUCAACGCCGACGAUGACACCUGUUACUACACUGACGCCAACAUCGACGCCACCUUCUCAUGCGCGUCGAGAAAUGGAAAGCCAGGGACUGGAGAAGAGAUGCUACAAAGCUAGUGGUAGUCCUGCCGCGCUUUCAACCACGAAAACAUUCUCCACCUCGAGCGGGUCGAGCGCUGAGCAACGUAUGGCGGUGGAACGGCUGCGCGGCGUCGCCGUUGUCGUCUGCCAUGACUGCCGCAUCAUGGUCAUCCAGAUAAUCAAGAGCUCGAGAGUAACGCGCGCAACGAUACGCAACAACGUCAUCUCCCGACUCACUCUGAACCUCUCGCCAGCUUAUGUCUAAUUAUCGUGGCUGUUUAGUGAAAUUUUCAUCAGAAACCGGCUAUCGUUUCUCGCUGUUAUCCUUUUUCUUUUUUUCGUACGAGUUUCCCAAGGAUUCACGGUUUGUAGUUUUCGUAUCAGUAUCUUGCAACAGGAACAAUUUUACGAUUUAAAAACAGGAAAAGGAGAUGUUAUACGAUGCAGACGCAAAAUAGGACACUUAUUCUCUUAUAAUGUGAGUCACGGAAUUAAAUUUAGUCUUCAUUGCAAGGUAUUGGUAAUGUGUAUAAAAAAUCUCCCUCAUGUCACAUCGGUAGAUGUGUUCGAAAUACGUAUACAGUACUUAAUUAUUAUUUAAAGUCAUGCUUUGUGCGUUGAGGCAUUUGUUUCAGUUUAAGAGUCUUUUUCUCUUUUGAGGGUGAUGAAUAUUUGAGAUGAAAGAAAGCCAACCAAUAGCACUCAAUUAUUUCUUAAGAUGUGGAUAUGAUUAUAAGUGCCUCUAUAUAAUAUGGACUCCGUGUAGUGGUUCAUGCAGUGAUUCAGAGCCUAACAGAUGCACUGUCUAUUUAAAAAUAAUAUACAAAUAAGAAAAAAAACAGAUAAGAUUGUUAUAAAAUAAGAUCAUAUAAAUUUCAUGAUCUUAUGGAUUUCAAGAGAUUUGGAUAAUUUAUGCUCUCAAAUUUUCUGAAAUUAAAAAUCUACAUGCGAUUCAACGUAUCGUGCUUCCCUUUAGAAUGUAUUUUAUGUUUGUACAUAUAAAAGUAUUUCCUAGAUACGAAAAUGAUUUUCAUAUUGCAAAGCUUAAAAGUCUGUAGAAUUAGGUUCUACAAGAAAAGAAAUUAUACGAAAAAUUACGUUCUAUGAGUUAUACAAAAGUCCAAAAA